AUGCCUCUUGUCAGCCAGUGUGGUGCGAGGUGUAGUUCACCUGUUUUAAAACGAGGAAAGGUCUAUGUUGGAGGUGUGGUAAAGCAGAGGGGACAUUUAUACAUGUUUGGCGGAGCUGUGAAAAAAUCAAAAGCUUCUGGGACAUGGUGUAUGAUGAACUUUAGAAAAUGUUUUAAGUAUAACUUUAUGAAAAAUACAGAAGCUUUCCUAUUGGGGAUAACGGGCACAGGUAUAACAAGAGAGGAUCAGAAAAUAUCCCUCUAUGCCACAAGCAUGGCAAGGGCCUUAAUUGCCAGAAAUUGGGGAAAAAAUCGUGCCAACAAAAACGGAAUGGCAGGAUAA